AUGGUUGAAGCUAAGUUGGAGCGAGACACCACCAGCUUUGAAGCCGGAAUCAUCGCGUGCGGGAGUUGCGAGCAGUGGCAGCAGGCGUUGGCACUGUUCAGGGAGAUGUGUGAUUCGAACAUGCAGCCGAGCGUAUCCGGUUUCAAUGUGGCAAUCGGCGCAGUCAAGGCAAGUGGGCAGUGGCCGCAAGCCAUGUGGUUGUUGAGAGAGAUGUCUAUCACGAAGGUGGAGUCGGAUGUCAUAAGCUUCGCUGGAACGAUGCAUGCGUGCGAGAAGUGCGGGCAGUGGCAGCACGCGCUGGCUCUGUUGAGGGAUCUAGUGGAAGGUAAGCUAGAGCCUGAUGUGAUCAGCUACUGUAUUGCACUCAGCGCCUGCAAUAAAGGCGGGGAGUGGCAGCACGCAGUGGCGUUGUUGCGGCAGAUGUGCGAAUAUAAUUUAGAGCUGGAUGCGAUGAGCCAAACUAUUACAAUGUCUACUUGUGUACGGUGGGGUCAAUGGCAGCAAGCAGCGCUGUUGUUCGAUGAGUUGCGGGACUCGAGAAUCGAGCUGAACACCGUAGCCUACGGUCUUGGAGUCAAUGUGUGCAAGCAGAGUGGCCAGUGGCUUCAAGCUUUGCUUUUACUGAGGGACGUGCAGGAGUCGAGGUUGGAGCUGGAUAUCACAACCUAUAUCUCUGCAGUCAGCGCUUGCCAGAAAGGCGGACAGUGGCAGCAUGCUCUGUCGGUGCUCAUGGAUUCGCGGGAGGCAGAACUGGACAUUGAACUGAAUAGCUACAGUGCCGGAAUCAUCGCGUGUCAGAAGGGUGGGCAGUGGCGACAGGCGCUGCUGUUGCUGAGGGACCUGUUGGAAGACAAUGUGGAGCCAGACAUCAUCUGCUGCGGUGCUGGAGUCUCUGCGUGUGAAUGGGCUGGGCAGGGGCGGCAGGCGUUGGCAUUGCUAGGCCUCAUGGCAGCAUGCAGUCGCUUGCGCCAUCAUGUGGGAUCUUAG